AUGUCUGUACAAACCAAAGCAACAAUCGCAUCCUUCGGGGGCAAGCUCCUCAAACUCUCCCACAAUGCCUCCUCCACCAACUGCGAAAUGGCUUUCAAUCUCUACUUGCCCCCUCAAACCACCACCAAUCCCCUCCACAAAGUGCCCCUCCUGAUAUACCUGGCCGGUUUGACGUGCACUGGGGACAACGGGGCGGAGAAGGGAUUCUUCCAGCAUGCGGCGAGUGAGAAGGGCAUUGCGGUGCUCUACCCGGACACGAGCCCACGUGGCCUGAAAAUCCAAGGCGAAGACGACUCCUUCGAUUUCGGAAGCGGCGCGGGCUUCUACGUCGACGCGACCAAAUCCCCGUGGAACAAGGGAUACAAAAUGUACAGCUACAUCACCUCGGAGCUGCCCAAGACCGUUUUCGACAACUUCAAACAAGUGGAUCCGGAGCGGAUCAGCAUCUUCGGACACAGUAUGGGCGGGCACGGCGCUUUGACUUUGUUCUUAAAGAACCCGGGGAAAUACAAGUCCGUGUCCGCCUUCGCCCCCAUCGCCAACCCGAGCAAGUGCCAAUGGGGCCGGAAAGCAUUCGGAGGCUAUUUCGGCGACGACGAGAAGGCCAAGUGGGCAGAGCACGACGCGACGGAGCUGGUGAAGAAGUGGGCCGGGGAGCCGUUGGAUGUCCUCAUCGACGUCGGCACGAGCGACAAUUUCUACAAACAGGGCCAACUCCUGCCCGAGAACUUCGUCGAAGCGGCCGAGGGGAAGGGGAAGGUGAAUGUGCGGUGGCAGGACGGUUACGAUCAUAGUUACUUCACGAUGGCGACGUUUGCGGAUGACCACGUUGGGCAUGCGGCGAGGUACCUUUUGGCGUGA